AAUGCGAUUUCUUUCCACAUAUCAAACGGGUGCUCGACGAUGUUGUACAAUGCUUUUCCAGAAAAAUGCCAAGUCAAUAAGAGCCACGUUGAUGAGCACAACGGCAGCGGCAGAGGAGUCACGAAAAAUAGUGAAAGAAGAGGUUUUUGAGUUAGAUGGUCGAAAAUACACUCCAGACGCAUUAUACAACCUGUCACCAGGUGUUCGACGGCUUUUGGAUCGCCGUAUCCUCCAAGAAUCUUCGAAUCCGCUGAAUUUGUUGAAAAGAAGAAUUGUCGAUUAUGUACAUCAAACAUACAGAAAACCAGGAAAUCGCUCGCCACUCUUCACAAUUUGUGAAUCCGAGCCUCGUGUCGUCACUACUUAUCAGAAUUUCGACUCUUUACUGACACCGGAGGAUCAUGUGUCAAGACGUCCCUCAGAUACGUACUACGUGAACCAUGAGCACUGCUUGCGAGCCCAUACCUCGGCUCACCAGCACAAUUUAAUGCAAUCGGGUCUCGACGCGUUUUUAGUGAUUGGAGACGUCUAUCGGAGGGAUGAAGUCGAUCGGACACAUUAUCCAUGCUUCCAUCAGAUCGAAGGUGUUCGGCUCUACUCGAAAGACGAACUACUCGGCAAAAAGCCGGACGGAAAAAAUGUGGCCGAACUUUUUUCCACGGCCGCCUCCGCGGCCACGGAGAGGUCCCCUGAAAAACAGGAAAAACACACGUUGGACGCGACGAAAGCCGCCGAAAUUCAACUGAAACAGUUUCUCGAAAAUCUUUGUGAUGAACUUUUCGGAAAAGACGCCGAAAAACGAUGGGUUGAUGCAUAUUUCCCGUUUACACAUCCCUCGUGGGAGUUGGAGGUUUUCUACAACGGGCAAUGGCUUGAAGUGCUCGGUUGUGGAAUUAUGGAGCAAAAAUUGCUCGAAUCCGCCGGAGUAACUGACAAAAUUGGUUGGGCAUUCGGUAUAGGGCUGGAGAGAAUUGCAAUGGUGCUCUAUGGAAUUCCGGAUAUUAGACUGUUCUGGUCAAAAGACACUGGAUUCUUGUCACAAUUUGCAGGAAAAAUGCCCGGAGAGGAUGUUAAGUAUAAGCAGAUUAGUGCUCAUCCGCAGGUAAUCUUCGACAUAUCGUUCUUUUUGCCGAGCACAGUACAAUUUAACGAUAUGACUUCUGAUGUAUAUGAUACAAUUCGAACUGUCGGUGGAGAGCUCGUCGAGCAAGUGAAGCUCACCGAUGAAUUUGAGAAUAAGAAGAAGGAAAAGAAGAGUCAGACAUAUCGAAUUGUCUAUAGAAGUCAUGAAAGAGCACUUACCAAGGAGGAGGUGAACGUCAUCCAUAAACAAAUCGAACAAUCAUUGGCCUCCUCAUUCGGCGUCACUCUUCGAUAAGCUUAUCGGUUAUCAAUUAUUAGUGUUAAUAGUAGUAGAAACAUAGCAUAUUGUUAAUGUUAUUAUCGGCUUUUUGAAAAAAUUAAAUGUUUCCGGUCGUGAUUUUGGACUUUUUGAAUAGCAUACACUGUGUUUGGAAUGUUUUUUAAAAAAAUCCGAAAAUUUGGAAAGAAAAACUGGAAAUUU